UCAAGGGGGAGGAGCAGGAUGGGGGCUUCCACCCCGUGGGGCUUUAGGGGGUCUCAAAAGCCCUGCAGUCCCAUUCCUGUGUGAUUCAUACCCUGCCUUCUAGAUACAGCUGGGAGCUCCACCAGAAACAAAGGGAGGAUGCCAGAGCCCUUAAAGAAAACAGUUUCUGCAUUUACCAAGAAGCCAAAGACAACAGAGGUGACAGCCGGAAACACAGCUGUGUUUGAAGCAGAGACAGAAAAAUCUGGCAUCAAGGUGAAAUGGCAGCGAGCUGGCACAGAAAUUACUGAAAGUGAAAAAUAUGUCAUCAAGACAGAAGGCAACAAGCAUUCGCUGACAAUCAAUAACGUAGGAAAAGAAGAUGAUGUGACAUAUGCUGUAAUAGCUGGAAGUUCCAAGGUCAAAUUUGAACUCAAGGUCAAGGAACCAGAAAAGAGUGAGACAGUCACUCCUGCAGAAGCUGCUCCAGCCCCAGCUGCCCCAGAGUCACCUGCUCCACCAGCAGAAAGCAGCCAAAACACAGAAGUUUCAUCAGCUGAGACACACCCAGAAGAACCUCUGGACCCCAUUGGGCUCUUUGUGGCACGACCACAGGAUGGAGAAGUUACUGUUGGUGGAAACAUCACAUUCACUGCCAAAGUAGCCGGUGAGAGCCUGCUGAAGAAGCCAUCAGUGAAAUGGUUCAAAGGAAAGUGGAUGGACCUGGGAAGCAAAGUGGGGAAACAUCUCCAGCUACAUGACAGUUAUGAUCGAAAUACCAAGGUGUACACCUUUGAAAUGGAAAUCAUAGAAGCAAACAUGACUUUUGCAGGAGGGUACAGAUGUGAGGUGUCUACCAAGGACAAGUUUGAUAGCUCUAAUUUCAGCCUGACAGUCAAUGAAGCACCUGUAAGCGGAGACUUGGACAUCCGAGCUGCCUUCCGCCGCACUACUGAAGGACAUGAUGAUGGGGCAGAGUUUAAUUUCAGCUCCCUACUGAAAAAAAGAGACAGCUUCCUGCGCCCUUCCAACCGAGGUGAAGGAAAAUCUGAAUCACAAUCUGAUGUUGAUGUCUGGGAUAUCCUGAGGAAAGCUCCUCCUACGGAAUAUGAGAAAAUUGCUUUCCAGUAUGGUAUCACAGAUUUGCGUGGGAUGCUGAAACGCCUCAAACGCAUAAAGAAGGAAGAGAAAAAAAGCACAGCAUUCCUCAAGAAACUGGAUCCAGCUUACCAAGUAGACAAGGGGCAAAAGAUUAAAUUAAUGGUUGAAGUUGCCAAUCCAGAUGCUGAUGUGAAAUGGCUGAAGAAUGGACAGGAGAUCCAAGUGAGUGGCAGCAAAUAUAUUUUUGAGGCUGUUGGGAAUAAGAGAAUACUGACCAUAAACCACUGCUCCCUGGCUGAUGAUGCAGCAUAUGAAUGUGUGGUAGGGGAUGAGAAGAGCUUCACAGAAUUAUUUGUAAAAGAACCUCCAAUCCUGAUCACUCACCCACUGGAGGACCAGAUGGUGAUGGUUGGAGAGAGAGUGGAAUUUGAGUGUGAAGUGUCUGAGGAAGGAGCUACUGUGAAAUGGGAAAAGGAUGGAAUUGAACUGACACGAGAAGAAACAUUUAAAUACCGAUUCAAGAAAGAUGGAAAAAAGCAGUAUCUCAUUAUUAAUGAGUCAACCAAGGAGGACAGUGGACACUACACUGUGAAGACCAAUGGUGGGGUAUCAGUCGCUGAACUGAUUGUGCAAGAGAAAAAGCUGGAAGUUUAUCAGAGCAUUGCAGACCUGACAGUGAAGGCACGUGACCAGGCAGUCUUCAAGUGUGAAGUUUCAGAUGAAAACGUGAAAGGAAUCUGGCUGAAAAAUGGAAAGGAGGUGAUCCCAGAUGAAAGGAUAAAGAUCUCCCAUAUUGGCAGAAUCCAUAAGCUAACUAUUGAGGAUGUAACACCAGAGGACGAGGCUGAUUAUUCCUUCAUUCCUCAAGGAUUUGCUUAUAACCUUUCUGCCAAGCUUCAGUUUUUGGAGGUCAAGAUAGAUUUUGUACCAAGAGAAGAACCCCCUAAAAUCCACCUUGACUGUCUGGGCCAAUCCCCUGACACUAUUGUCGUGGUGGCUGGGAACAAACUGAGGCUGGACGUUCCUGUAUCAGGAGAUCCAACACCCACUGUCAUCUGGCAGAAAGUGAACAAGAGAAACGACCUACUUCGAAACAGUGAUGAUUCCAUGACUCCCUCAGAAAAUAGCAGUGAUUCAAAUACCGACAAUAAGCUCCUGUUUGAAUCUGAAGGCAGAGUCCGUGUGGAAAUGCAUGAAGAUCAUUGUGUCUUCAUCAUUGAAGGGGCAGAAAAAGAGGAUGAGGGAGUUUACAGAGUUAUACUUAAGAAUCCAGUUGGAGAAGAUAAGGCUGAUAUCACAGUCAAAGUUAUUGAUGUUCCUGACCCUCCAGAAGCUCCCACAAUCAGCAACAUUGGAGAAGAUUACUGCACUGUGCAGUGGCAACCCCCUAAAUACGAUGGUGGGCAACCAGUACUCGGCUAUAUUUUAGAGAGAAAGAAGAAGAAGAGCUAUCGAUGGAUGAGGCUGAACUUUGACCUUUUAAAGGAGCUGACCUAUGAGGCCAAGAGGAUGAUUGAAGGAGUGGUUUACGAGAUGCGGAUUUAUGCUGUGAAUUCCAUUGGCAUGUCCCGGCCCAGCCCUGCCUCCCAACCCUUCAUGCCAAUUGCUCCUCCAAGUGAACCAACACACUUCACAGUGGAGGAUGUUUCUGACAGCACCGUUUCCUUGAAGUGGAGGCCCCCUGAGCGGAUUGGGGCUGGGGGAUUAGAUGGUUACAUGGUGGAAUACUGCAAAGAUGGAUCUACAGAAUGGAUUCCUGCCCUUCCUGGCCUAACCGAGCGCACGUCUGCACUGGUUAAAGAUCUGGUCACAGGGGACAAACUUUAUUUCCGUAUCAAGGCUGUAAACCUGGCUGGUGAGAGUGCAGCAGCAACAAUAAAAGAGCCAGUUACUGUUCAAGAGAUCCUGCAGCGUCCCAAAUUCUGGCUGCCACGCCACCUCAGACAGACUCUGGUGAAGAAAGUGGGUGAAACAAUCAAUAUUGUGAUCCCUUUUCAGGGUAAACCAAGACCUAAAAUCACUUGGCUGAAAGAUGGUCAAGCUCUAGACUCCAAAGAUGUGGGAAUUCGGAACAGCAGCACGGACACAAUCCUUUUCAUCAGAAAAGCAGAGCUUCAUCACUCAGGAGCAUAUGAAGUCACUCUUCAGAUAGAAAACAUGUCUGAUAAAGUUGCAAUAACAAUACAAAUCAUAGACAAGCCUGGUCCUCCUCAGAAUAUAAAGCUUGUAGAUGUUUGGGGAUUUAAUGCAGCCCUGGAGUGGUCACCUCCCCAGGAUGAUGGCAAUGCUCAGAUCUUGGGCUACACAGUUCAGAAAGCUGACAAAAAAACAAUGGAAUGGUACACGGUUUUUGAUCACUAUCGUCGCACAAACUGUAUCGUGUCAGACCUCAUAAUGGGAAAUGACUAUUUCUUUCGAAUCUUCAGUGAAAAUUUGUGUGGACUGAGUGAAACUGCUGCAACCACCAAAAAUCCUGCCCAUAUCCAAAAAACAGGCACCACUUACAAACCCCCUUGUUACAAAGAGCACGACUUCUCGGAAGCCCCGAAGUUCACCCACCCUUUGGUGAACCGCUCUGUGAUCGCGGGCUACAACACCACUCUCAGCUGCGCUGUCAGAGGCAUCCCCAAGCCAAAGAUAUUCUGGUUCAAAAACAAAAUGGAUCUCUCUGGGGAUGCCAAGUACCGCAUGUUCAGUAAGCAGGGGGUGCUGACCCUGGAGAUCCGCAAGCCCACUCCCUUUGACGGAGGCAUUUACACCUGCAAAGCUGUCAAUGAGUGUGGUGAAGCUGAAAUAGAGUGCAGGCUGGAUGUCAGAGCUCCUCAGUAAAACUCUGAAUCUCAGUUGAUCUGAAAGUCAAGCAUUAGAGUGGAACUUGAAAAGAAGAAAAGUGAAGAUAUUAAUGAAACACAAAUUCUGCUCAUUCAGGAGUCCUGCUCAUCUUAGCAAUCACUUAAUACACAUGUACAAGGAGGCAGCAGUGUUGUGUAAUGUCCUGCUUACUCAGUGUGUUUUCUGACAAUAUUUCCUCUUUUCAUAUAUCUGUUGUAGUUAGAUUGCUCUUGUCUCCACAUGAAGUACUUAAAAUAAAUCAAGAUAAACUUUUCCCCCAUUACAUACAUAAAAUUUUUUUUAAAAAAUAGUAAAAUUAUGUAAAACUGAAAAAACCCUAGUCAUUUCCUAAUGUCUGAAACAAGCAUAAAUCCCCCAAUUCUACAGUUCACUCCAUUUUCUCUUUGCAGAACUCUGACAUUCUUCAUAAGAAACAAGUAGCUCAGAAUAAUGAAGCAGUAAGAUACUGUUUACAGUAUAUAAUCAUUAUAUUUGUCUCUGUGCCACAGAAUGUAACUUUCAUUCCUGCUGUUUUUACUGUCAGUGAGUGCUUGAACUAUCCGCUGUUAUGCUCUCGAGCAGAACUGUGUCCAAACCACACCAUUUGGGAACCACUGGCCAUAGCUACUGUUCUGCUUUUUAUAGAAAAUAAUUCCUUUGAUAAGUACUCACUACUUGUUUUCUAGCUUUUAAAAAGACACCAGCAUAGAAGUCCAGUUAUUAGAUGGUUUUUUUCUACCAAUCAGAGACAUCACAUGAAUCCACAUGGAUAAUUUUGCAUGUCAGAUGAAAGAGUGAAAAUUCUAGCAAGGGAGACUAUUUGCAUGUAAAUAAAAAACUUUAAAGAGAAGCUUGGAAUGAAUGAAAUAAACUCACUGUAAUAAUUCUUCCUGAAGGUUUGUGAAAGGCCAUGAGUGAUAUGUAAGCACUUUUGCAGAUUAUUUUGUCUAAGCAAAUGACACGAUAGCAUUUCUAGCUUCUCACGUACAAGUUUGAAGAGUAUCUGGGGUAGGUUUUUCCUGCAGUAGUUGAUAGUUUCUGGCUGGGAAGUACAUUUUAAUGAUCACAGGAGAAGGCAAGAAGAUGAUUUUAAUCCAGGGAGCAUUGCCUUUUGGAAGAAUCUACACAAAGGAGCUGAAGUAACACUCCUCCUCUGCCUCCAACAUGCCACUUGGGAUGGCAAAGCAUAUCUGACACAGUGUGUUAGUUGUAUUAGCCAAGCAAAGGCAUCUUCAUAAUAAAAGCACUGAUGGUCAUAAGACGUGUAUUUUAAUAAUUUCAUUAUGAUAUCAGAACAAAAAAGGAUACUCUCUAAAACCAAAGCAAACUUAUACCAGAUUAACACUUGUCUGUUGCACAUUGUUGUUAUUCAACAAAUAAAUAAAAUUUUAAAAGGAAAAUAUGCAGCCAGGUUUACAUUGUUUUGUGCUUACACUUUCUGAGCAAUGUUAUUAUUUUUUUUUAAAAAGGCACAUGCCACAGAUAAAAGACAGAGAUGAUCUAUUUUCUAAAGAACCUGUGACCAGAAGGCAGUGGACCAAGAGGACAAUCGCAGCAUUUGUGGGACAAUGCAUAUUGCAAAGCAGUGAAUUGCAAAAGUUGGAGCCUAAUUCCAUAGGGCCUUCUAAGAAUGCUCCACUUGAAAAACACAAAUUAGUUUUGAUUUCCAAAACUUCCAAUGACAAUUAGUCAAAUGCAAAUCCAAAGCAUUACAAAAGAGAAGCACUAACUAGAUUUUUAAAAAGUCUUCAUAAAAAUAAGAAUUCUGAGUUCCAAACACUAACCACUCCUCAAUUUCCUGAAAAGAGGAAAAGAGGGAAGGUGCACCUGCAAAGCCUCAACUUCCUGUAAUUAUUUCAAGAAAGGUCUUCAGAAAAUGGUAGGUGUUUAUUGAUGUUUUGCCAGCAUAUACUAUUGUCAUCUAUCUGUUCAGUGGCUGACACAGAUCCUAAAAGUAGAGUCACUAAUUGCCCAUUAAUUCCAUGCUGGUAAUAAAUAAAUGAUUAAGUAAAUAAUCUUCAUCCCCAUCUGAUUAAAACCAUAUACACUGAGAAGCUUCUCCUAGCCUACCUGGUUAAGAACAACAAAGUAUCUCCCAAUUUUUUCCCCAUUGCACCUGAAAGACUACUUGAUGAAUGACAGUUUAGACUAUCAUUCCCUGGGUGAGAUCUCCUCUGAUGUAAAAUCAGCCUUAUCUCCAAAUGUCAUGGCAAAUAUUCUUACCUUGUAGUUGUUUAGUACUGUUAGAAGUGUGUAAGGUUUGUUCAACAGUAAAAGAAAAAAUCAAAAUAGGUCAUAAAGUUUAAAAAUUCCUACCUAGCAGCAGUCCUGCUGAAGUUCUUCCAGUAGUUUUCUCCAUCAAGACAAAACAAUCUGUUAUUGCUCCAGUAAAAAGACCCUUCCAUGUGAAAAAUAUAUGUAAACAUAAGUUCUUCAGGCUGAUUAUUUCUAUCCAGUUGGAUGUGAAACUGAUUGUAAGUUUUGAUGCUUCCACAAUUUCCAUUUAAAUCCUAUCAAAUGAGGCUGCUGGCUGCCUGUUCAGUGUACAUGCCUUUCCUUCAGACUAUGAACUAUACACCUGAUGGAGAUACUUGGAUGCUUUGAAUUAACAUAUGUAAGACUCAUUUGAAGCACAGGGGUGCUGCAGAGCAUUACUAAAGCCCAGUGCUUCACUUCAGGUAAGAAACAUCACUUCUAAAAUAUUAUGACGAAGAAAAAGCACCUCCAGUAUUCCUACCAGCCCAGUUCUCUCAGGAUGGCUUACCUGCCAAGCAAACCCUCUGCUGACACUUCAGCCUGAGACAAGACAUAUUUCGCACCACAGUAUCAAUUCUCUUAUUUCAUUCAUGUUUUCAGCACUGUUGUGUAAAUACCCUAAGUAAACAAUAUUUAUUUACUCCUGGCAAUGGGAAGCUUCAUAAAAGCCACCAGCUGGAACUGAACUGUCAAAUGAAAACAAACCUUAUCUGAGCACCUUGUUUCCUUGAGAUUGCCUUAGUCCUCAAAUCCUGACCAUUAUUCUGUGAGCAAAUAAUAAUAGCAAAAUGAGUUAAUGAUUGACCAUUACUUCUAAAAUAACAAAGAAAAUGGCUAAAGAGCUCUCUCAUGCACCACCUCUUCCCUUCAGUGCCAGGAGCUCCCCCCACCCACUUGUCAGCUCUUGCUCUGAGAGAUUAUUGCUCAGGGCUGCAAGGCAUGAAGAAAAUCUCUUCAAAUUGUGGUGUGAGCAUAGCAGAUUAAGGUAAAGCUGCUGGGUUUCCUCCUUUUCCUCUUCAGCAGGCUUAUACAGAUGCUGUCAAAGGCUGUGUGGGAGUUAAUGGAUGGUCCCCCAUGGAGAUAGUUCUUUUUUCCUAUUAACAAAUAACAAGUAGGUCAGUUGAAGCUAAAGAAGGAAAUUACAGUUAUGUCCACACAGCAGUCAUGCCAGUGACUGUUUGGCAGAGCUUCUCAGGUUGCAGCCUGUUCUGUAUUCUGCUAUCAUAGAUCCACAACUGUUACUUUAAAGCUAGCAGGCUUAUCUCUGGUGACACCUGCAGAAUAAAAGUGAUUGCUGUUUCUUUCCUGAGCCUUAGUUUUCUGACUGGUUAAUAAAAAUCUCAAGAGUAUUUCAUUCCUAAGUCACUGUAAAUCUACUAGAGCACUAUAUGCUCUAGUACUACAGCUAUUCUUGCAGAAAGGGUGCCAACUUCUAAUAUAUUUUUAUACCAUCCACAAUGCAGGUGAAUACUUGUGUUUCCAAGGAAAGGUAACCUGAGUAAUAAGAAGCCAUGUUUCCAUCAGUGAUGUUGUCACCAAUGUUUCCAUGACCUAGGUGAUCUAGAUGACCUUCAAAGGUCCCUUUCAAACCAAAAUGUUCUAUUAUUCUUAAGCAGCUUUGCUGCCUAAGCUACAAUACUUACGUGAUAUAGUGGAGUAUAAUGCAAAUUAAAUUGAUUGAGUAGAAUUGUCCCAACAGAAUGUUUAUGAAAAGUACCUCACGUAUCUUGAGAUUAUCUUCCUCUUCCUCUCUGUAAGAUGGAACACUUAUCUUUACCAACUCUUUCAGAUUUUUCUAGGCUUACUAUAUCAAAUUAUAUAUAAAAAUUCAAUUCUACUUAUUGAAAAUUACUGUGAGAGAUCAAGGCAUUCCUACAUAUUAUUUUAACAAAAUUUUCAGUGCAGGACAUGCCAAACAUUUAAAGAUAGCCUCGAUACAUCUCACCUGCAGGUUUCAUUCCCUAUGAGAAAGGAUUAUUGUUCUAAUUAUUUCAAGAGAGAUCUACAAUCGAGUAGAAUGAAUCAAAACAUAAGACAAUAUUAUUUGGUAGAACUUUUUCCUUAAUGGAAUCAUAUCAUGGCCAUUCAAAGAACAGUAGCAAGAGAAAAGAUUUUUCUGGAAGUCAGAAAAAUCAUUUAUGUUGCUUUGAUCACAGAAUUCCUUUGAAACAAAAUCCUUGUAUGUAUUUAGGAGAGAAGUUUGUCACUUACAUGUCAUCUCAGAGUAGGUUUAGAACUACAAGCUGUUCCUGUCUCCUUACAAAAGAAUUUUAUAAGAACAGUCUGCUGAGAUUAAAAAUAGCCCCACUGAUACCUUUCAAGUGCUUAGCAAGAAGAGAACUCUAUUUUAGGGAAACAAAAGCUGUCAUAGAGAUAUCCUUUACUUGUCAUUGGGCAGGGUCCCCACAGCAGUCUGCAUAAGCAAUACAUCCUAAACAGCAUGAACUGGUGAAAUUUUAAAAGAAAUAGAUAAGAACAGCCUCACUUAUUAGGUCCAGAUAUGGAAAAAAAUAGUCAAGCAUCUGCUUUGUGUGCCAGACAGAAACAUUGUCAAUAACCAGCCCUGAAAGCACAGAUAAGUGUCAUAGUUAUGAACACAUUUCAGUCAAUAAUUGUGUAUUAGCACAGCUAAUACAAAGACAAAUAAUCUAAAAAAGUGACUAAUCUAAAAUAUUUAAAACAUCAGUGGACAAGGGAAUGUAAAACAAAAAUAAGUGUUAAGUGUGCUCCCUUUUUCUUCUUAUCCAUGGAUAAUAGCUUGAAUGUGAUUUUGUGUUCUAUACAAUGUAUUUAGCAAACAUAAACAAUAUACAUAGUUUCCACUCUUUUGCUUUGAAGUACAAAUUGUGGGACCCAAAUACAUGAACCCAAAGUGUGGAUGGAUACACUUUCACCUUCAAUAAGGUUGCAUUCCUUUGGUACCUGUCAUAAUGCUAACAAUUUCCCCAGAAAUCCAAAUAUAUUCCAGGAAAUUAUGACCACAAAAAGACUAAGUAUCAAUAUAACUCUCAAAUACACUUUUGUUUCAUGGUUCAUGUACCCAGGGAAAAAAUGGCCAAAAAAUCCAAGCUUCUCUUCUUCUUUGUAGGUGAGCUCAUUGUAUGUGAUGCCUGAAAAGAAAACCCCAAGUACAGUAGAUUUUGAUCAUAGGAAAGUCCUCAAAAAUUUCUACCUGAAAACAGGACUUGUUCUUCCUCACUGGUAUGAAGGGGGAUUACUGGACUGUGUAUCUACAAAGCAUAGUAUUUGCUGUUAUGAUUUUUGUUUCCUACAGUACUGAAAAACAUUAACAAUUUAUGACAUUUUUAGGCUACUGCAUUACACCAAUUUAUUAUUUAUUUAUUAAUCUGGAUUACACCAAUUUAUUUAUUUUUAAUAUCAAAUCAAAUGGUUGUGUCAUUUCUAGCAGUGUAGGGAAGAGCUGCUGCUGGAAGCUAUCACAGAACAGCAGCACUAAGACUGGAAAUCUUUCCUUUCCCUCUAUA